AUCAAAUGCGAUCGCGUCCAUCCAUGCGCCCACUGUAUCAAGGCAAAGUUACAGUGCACCUACGACCUAGGCCAGAAGAAGAGGGCAAAGCGACAGCAGGUCAUGAUUUCGAGCGUCUACGAGAGUAGGAUGGAUGAGAUUUCUCAAAAGAUUGACGAUUUGACAGACAUCAUGAGUCGAUUAAGCCAUGCGCAUCCCAGCAUCGGCGACACCAACUCAACAAUCAGUCACCCGCCGCCGAACCCCUGGCCUCCAUCGACCCAACCUCCUCGAACCAACGUUCAAGUAUACGAAAGGGGGAGUCACCAGUCCCUUACAGAGGCGGAUGCAAUUGAGCCCUCUCUAUUCUCCCAAGCUGUCUUGGCUACAAAGUUUCUCCAAGCUGUUCUAGCGCAUGACAUAUUCUCACCUGUCGCACCCGAGAUGACGUCCGCACUCAAGUCCUUGGGAGACAUUGUUGAAGCUCAACAGCGGCGUAACAACUCAUAUGACACCUCAAACCCCUUCUCCAAGACUCUCCCACCAGGCUACACGAUUAGAGAUCUGCCGCUUCCUCCAAUAGGAAAAAUCAUGGCUUGCUUGAGGCUGGCUAAGGAGAACUCAAGAGUCCAAUCGCAUUUUCUUCUCCAAUUCAAGUCUCUCGGUCAUUUCACCGAGUACGUGGUCAAGGCAUGUUCCCCAGGACUGAUGACCGAUGCUGAGUUAAUUAUUGUCCACCUGGGUCUCUAUUGGUUGUUUUAUGAGUGUUCUGGCAUCUCAGCAGACAUCAGCACCAAGCAUGAUUAUGCCGCGCAGGCAUCUGUCUGUAAGAACAGCCUUGAGAUCGUCCUGUCGAACCUUUCCUUCCAUGCACCUGCGACAGUGGAUCAUGUGCAUGCGAUGUACAUAGCGGCCAUGUAUUGCUUGCAGAUGAACAAGCCAAAUGCGGGGUGGUCCUUUGUAUCAAAGGCUUCACUCCUCGCUCAGGCGAUGGGCAUGCACAGUAGCACUGCAAUGAACUCUGAAGUUGCAGAGGAGAAACAAUACAAAACUCGUCUUUUCUGGGGGCUCUACUGCCUAGAAAAGGCUAUCGCACUCCGUCUGGGAAGAGCUUCUACUGUCCGGGACCACGACAUUACUAUCCCUCAACCAUUGAGAGAACAGAGGACUUCCCCAGACUGGUUUACCAGUCUACCAGACGGCAUAGAACUAUCAAGACUCUUUGGCCUUGUCUUUGAUGAGCUUUUUAGUCCUAGUGCUCUUGUGCAGCCUGUCUCGGUUAGGAGGUCCCGCGCAAAAGUCUUGUCUGCUAAAAUGGAGCAAAGAAUAGCUUCAAGAGCUGUCUCUGACGUAAGUAGGUCACGGAUCCUUAUACAUAUGAGCCUUCUCUUAGGGACUAGCAGGCAGCUGAUCGAACCCAAGGUGGUUGCCUUCCUUAGGCACUCCAACAUAGUUUGCGAUUACUCUAUACUCGCCUCGAUCUACAAGAGCAUACCCCCAGAAGAUACAUCUAGUUCCUCAUGCCCAGAGUGCAUCUCGGCUGCAAGGAUUGCCCUCCAAGAGCAUGCAACCUGCAUCUCCCUCAUUGCGGACCAGGCAUCCGAAGAUCUUAUUCUCGACUUCUGGAUAAACACAUCGCUCAUGCUUUCACCAUUCAUACCAUUCAACAUUCUCUUCUGCAACAUUAUUGAGACAUGCGAGUCCUCCGACCUCCAACUUCUAGCACGUUUUGUUGGGGCACUUGAACUGGCUUCUAUCAUUCCGCGCUACUCGGCCGCUUGCCGUAAACAACUCCCGAUAUUCACAUCAUUAUAUGAUGUUGCGGCGAAAUACAUCGAGGCGAAGGCCAAGGCA